AGGUUUACCUGUUGCGCAGUGGAAAGAAAGUUCCUUAGAAAGUAUAACGUCUUUAGGCGGUGCGAGCGCGUAGCAGUAGUUUUUCUUCUUGCCAAGCAAACGGACGCUUUUGCGCAUGCGCGGUGCUAACUACAAUAAAACACAUAUAGACUAGCUUGUUGUCUUGCUUGCUUUUUCUAAAGCGCGCUGAGAUUUGUGAUUUGGUGCUACGAAUAUUUGUAAUUGUUGCCGCGAUCGUUCGACUAAAGUCAGUCGCGUGUAGCAAAUUCCAUCCAAACAAUUAGACUUUGCGCCGUGCGUGCGAAUUGUGAAAGUCAAACUUGAAAAAAAAACAAUUAUGUUAUUGCUGCGAAAGGCGGUUUUCCUGUUGGCGCUGCUUUGCGUCAACUUGUCCCCCAUCCACUCAGCGAACCAGGAUGAUUCGAAUCCACUGCUCGACAUGGCUUCCAUGUUCAUACAGGAGGCGUUGAAUAGCCAAACAGGUAAUGGUGGUGGUGGCGCCGGCGGUGGUGCUGGUCUCGCCGGUGUCGCUUCGCUCAUUGGCACUUUCAUGAAUGCGAAUGCAGGUGGCGGCAAAGCGGGCUCAACCGGCGCUAUGCAAAUACUAUCCGGUCUUGGCAGCUUGUUGGCUAGCGCUGGUCAAAAUGGUGCGCAGUCAGGCGGUGCGGGUAGUGGUGGUUUUGAUCCUGCCAUCAUCGGUAAUGUGCUCGAAAUGUUUACCAACAGCGAUUCCGAUUCAGAUGCCGCGGGAGCUGGUGCACGUAGUAACGGUGGCAGCGAUUCGGGCAUUGGUUUGGAUUCCAUACUACAAAUCGCAUCGGUCUUCAUGAAUGCUAACAAUGGUGGCGGCGCCAGUGGUAAGCAGCAGCAGCAGCACCAACAUCAUCAGCAGCGACGCUCCACGCAUGCGAAUGUGAAUAUGCGCGAGAAUGAAGUUGAGGUCUCCGAGGAUAAUGGUGGUUUGAUGAGCCUACUGCCGUUGGUCAUGCAGGCUGUGAGCUCCUUCGUCGGUCCUGAGGGUCAACAUACACAGGAGAAGCACAAGGGACACGCUUGGGUGUUGCCGCCAUUCUUGGAGCACUUGCACGUCGUAUGGGAUCACUUCUCGAACUCAGAACUUGCCGAUGCACUCUACGAGAAGUCGGGUGUGAAUAAGAUAUUGAAGGGAUUCAAGGGUCGCGAUGGCAAGUUGGACUAUGACAAACUCUUCGAUUCGCUAAACAAUCAAUCGUUCCGCAGACGUUGGAUCAAAUCGGCGACACUCUAUUUGGCCGAUUGGACGAGUUAUUUGGCAAAUCCGGAAGUCUAUCUCAAAUAUAUUCAGACGGCGCAACUGAUGUUCAACGGUUUUCUCAAGUCUCAAGGUUACCCGAAGAGCACCUACUUCGAUCCCAGCCGCGCCAGCGAGACCAUCUCCAAUCUGUUCGAUCAUGUGGCCAAGCAGCAUCUCAAUGUGAAGAUCGACGCACGUCAAUAUGUCAAACCGGCUGUGGGCUAUGCCAGAGAAUUGCUGAAAUUGGGUCAAGCGCGCGGUCUCUUGCAGUUCAACGCUACCGAACUGAGUGACAAACUAACCGAUACGCUCAAUUUGGAGGUCAUCGAGCCGGUGCUUAAAGUACAUCGUGCCUACAGAUUUAUCUCGAAAUCUCCACAAUGCGAUCGCUAUGUGCUCUGUGAGUUGAAUUCUCACGAAGAAAGUGCGGCCGGCAAUGCGCGUGGCCUGAUUUCCGGUGUAAGCCCGAAAAUCGUGAAAAUCGGCAGCAUGGGAGCGGCCAUAUUCAUUAGCACCGAAACUGGCACACCGUUCUGGACACUGUUUGGCGUUAUAAAUGCGCCCUACAACUGUGAGGCCAAAUAUCCAGUCGAUUGCAGUGGUUUCCACGAGGGCGAGGCCAAAGUGACCACGGAGUAUGUACACAAUGAGUUGUGAGCAUACUGAACUUCUGGGUAGAAUUUGUAUUGGGUAAAAAAAACACAACAAUAACAAGCUGUGGAUGUGAUGUUGAUCUACAAGGCGGUGAUCAUCGUUAUGCGAGCGGAUCACGGCUGCUUAUUUUAAAUUAAGUUUAGUUAGUCUUUAGCUGUAUGUACUUUAUAAAUAACAUUUAGACGUUAUUAAGAUAAAAAUAAUAAACAUGAAAAAGAUUUGAAAAA